CUCUCCGCAGCCCCGGAGUCGUGCUCAGACAAAGGCUGGGAGGCUAGGGCCGGGCGGGUCCGGCUCUGUGGGGAGGACUAACCCUCUGAUUGGGGGAGGAGGAGACGGAUUCUAGCGGUUUCGCGGUUUGCUACAGCCAACUAGUGAAAGAGCUGGGAUUCCUAAUCCCCGGCUACUUUACACAUAAUUACUGCCCCAAAGGAUUGGGUUGUAUUCGUCUCUUUGUGCUUCCUGACACCUGCGCGGUGCUUUGAACUUUGUGUGCUGUGUCUGCCCACCGCCUCCGUGUAUCUUUUGGAAACAUUUUACAGUGAUUCAUAUAUGUUCUAGCGUUCUGCCCUAUGAUUGAGCCUCCUUGGGCCUUUGCUGAUUCUAAUGUCUUCUGCCCAGCAUCGGCAGGGGCUGCUGAGAGUAAAUACUUGGCGCCUGCAGCUGCUGGCCGAGGAGACAGAUGGAGCUCAAGUUGGGAGAUGCGCCCUGACAGCCGAUGAUAGACACAAGUCCAGAUCUCGGAUUUUGAUACUGUAUGUUCCCUGGGUUCCUGAGAGAGGACAUUGAGAAGUAGGAGUCGGCGAUUAAGGAGAUCGGUACAAUUGGGAAGCCUCCUGUCAGAGCUUCCAGCAAUUUCCUCAUCAGAGGUGGACAAGCCCUAUGGGCUAAGACAGAGUGUCCUCAGAAAGGAGUGCGGACGCCGUCAUGCUGCAGCAGCUCCUCAUCACCCCGCCCACCGAGGCCGGCACCUGGGCGAAGUUGCGUCGUCCAAAGGCGGCCACGGAGCGGGUGGCCCUGUGGGAGGAUGUGACUGAAAUGUUUAAAGCAGAAGCUCUGCUGUCUCAGGAUGCUGAUGACAUAAAGACCCAGGGAGAAAGUUUAGAGAGUAGAGUGACCCUUGGAUCCCUGACAGCAGAAUCCCAGGAACUGUUAACCUUCAAGGAUGUAUCAGUGGACUUCACUCAGGAGGAGUGGGGGCAGCUGGCCCCUGCUCACCGGAAUCUGUACCGGGAGGUGAUGCUGGAGAACUAUGGGAACCUGGUCUCAGUGGAAGGCCCGAAUACCAAAGAACCAUAUUUAUAUUCUUGGGAUGGCUCUGUGACCUCAGCACAUGCAUUUUUUUCUUCCCCAAAAGCAGGAUAUCGGCUUUCCAAACCUGGCGUGAUUUCCCAGCUGGAGAAAGGAGAAGAACCAUGGCUGAUGGAGAGAGAUAUUUCAGGAGUUCCAAGUUCAGACUUGGAGAGCAAAACAAAAACCAAAGAGUCAGCCUUACAGAAUGAUAUUUCAUGGGAAGAAUUACAUUGUGGCCUAAUGAUGGAAGGAUCUACAAAAGGAAGCACCAUGUAUUCCACCUUGGGAAGAAUCUCCAAAUGUAAUAAGCUAGAAAGCCAAAAAGAGAACCAAAGAAUGGAUGAAGGGCAAAUCCCCUUGAUGUGCAAGAAAACAUUCACUCAGGAGAGAGGCCAAAAAUCUAAUAGAUUUGAGAAAAGAAUUAAUGCAAAGUCAGAAGUUAUGCCAGAACCAAUAGGUCUUCCAAGAAAAAGAGAUCGUAUAUAUGACACAUCUGGAAAGAGAAGCAGAUACAACAUAGAUUUAGUUAAUCAUUCAAGGAGUUAUACAAAAAUGAAAACCUUUGAAUGUAAUAUUUGUGAAAAAAUCUUCAAACAGCUUAUUCACCUUACUGAACACAUGAGAAUUCAUACUGGGGAGAAACCUUUCAGAUGUAAGGAAUGUGGAAAAGCCUUUAGCCAAAGUUCAUCUCUUAUUCCACAUCAGAGAAUUCAUACUGGUGAGAAACCCUAUGAAUGUAAGGAGUGUGGGAAAACCUUCAGACAUCCUUCAUCGCUUACUCAACAUGUUAGAAUUCAUACUGGGGAGAAACCCUAUGAAUGUAGGGUGUGUGAGAAAGCCUUCAGCCAGAGCAUUGGACUGAUCCAGCAUUUGAGAACUCAUGUUAGAGAGAAACCUUUUACAUGCAAAGACUGUGGAAAAGCAUUUUUCCAGAUUAGACACCUUAGGCAACAUGAGAUUAUUCAUACUGGUGUGAAACCCUAUAUUUGUAAUGUAUGUAGUAAAACCUUCAGCCAUAGUACAUACCUAACUCAACACCAGAGAACUCAUACUGGAGAAAGACCAUAUAAAUGUAAGGAAUGUGGGAAAGCCUUUAGCCAGAGAAUACAUCUUUCUAUCCAUCAGAGAGUCCAUACUGGAGUAAAACCUUAUGAAUGCAGUCAUUGUGGGAAAGCCUUUAGGCAUGAUUCAUCCUUUGCUAAACAUCAGAGAAUUCAUACUGGAGAAAAACCUUAUGAUUGUAAUGAGUGCGGAAAAGCCUUCAGCUGUAGUUCAUCCCUUAUUAGACACUGCAAAACACAUUUAAGAAAUACCUUCAGCAAUGUUGUGUGAAAUAUACUAAACAUCAAAUAAUCUAUGUUGGAGCAAAAGAUUCUAAAUCAGUGGUUCCCUGAUUUUUGGAUUUCCCAAAACAAACAUUUAAAAAAAAUGGUUUGGCA